AUGGAAGUUCUUUCGCUAUCACUAUUAACCACUCUUCGACCGAACAUAUCUGAAGUUUGUAAAGAUAUAUUCACUCAAAUAGUUAUUCCACGUUGCGAAAAAGCUUUGGAUAGAAUAUUUUUACAAGUACACGAAACUUUUACACAAGGCACUACCGAUUAUAUUUCUCAACUUCAAAAAGAAUUGGAUAAAAUGAGGCAACAGUUAGUGAAGGGAUCAGAGUUGUUGGCAGAAUACGAAACUUCUUCCAGGCAAACAAGGGAUAAAUUAUCCUUGUCUUUACAAUCCGAAUUACAAAUAAAUAUUCAAAAAACGUUAAAUAGCAUGCAAGAUUAUGUAAAUAAAAAAUUAACGGAAACAAUUAAAGACAGUAUAAGCAAAGAAUUUCAGUCACAUAAAAGUCUUAUAGAAGAUAGCGUUUUGUCGGCAGUUAGAUCACGAGCUGUCACUCCAGCAUCUCACAUUGUCGAUCAAAUGCAAAUAAUUCAGGCUCAAAUAAUGCAAUUAGUUGCAACGGGUCAAAUAAAUGCUGCAUUUCAACAGGCUCUUUCCGCUUCCGAUUUAAAUUUAGUGGUUUAUUUAUGCGACAAAUUAAAUCCCGAACAAUUGUUUCGACAAAAUCCAUGCCCCCUUCCACAAGCAGUCCUGUUAUCCCUCAUUCAACAACUUUCGGCUGAUAUGACAAAUCAUACGGAUUUAAAAUACAAGUAUUUAGAAGAAGCCAUAAUGAAUUUGGAUACGAAUAAUUCAAUGACGAAAGAACAUUUGCCGGGAAUAUUAUCGACACUACAAAAGCAACUUAAUUCAUUUUUAAGUCAUAAUCCGGGUUCAAAAUAUUAUAGAAAAAUAAAAAUGUUGCUCAUGAUGACACAGUCACUUUUACCGGUACCAACUAAAUAG